UUCCCUUCCAGAAGGAUAACUAAAGAAUGGCACGGAUAAGAAAAAUUAUUCGAUUCUUUUUGGCUUUAAGUCUUGCCGGUGCCAUAACAACCAUUAUAGUCACACGCUGGCUCACUCCGACAGUCUGGCGUAGCCCUGUCCUCGCCACACAGACCCUGCCACCCACCCAUGGCUUCCUGAUCGACACCCCAGCAUGUCGCAUACCCAACCUAGAUCCUUUCGACAGCUCGAUUUCAAAAUUUAUUCGACGUCAAGGGAAGAUUCUGUGUUCCGGGAAGCCGUCAAUAACAUACGAAGAUGGCAAUGUUCUACGAAUCAAUUGGACAACAGUGAAGAAUUUCUAUGGAGGUGAUUUUAAGCACUGUAUAUAUCAACCAAUCAUGCGAAACCAGUCCGAUUUCAAGUUCUUUUAUGACAAGUUUCGAGAUACCUUUAACCAAGAUGUUGAGAUUUCAGAGGAGUUUGUAAGAAUCUAUUGUAUAAGCAAUUCUGAGAGUACGAUUAACACCAAUUUCCAUUCGCUGAUUAUUCCCAAAGAGGCUGUGGAUGAAAGAUGUGAGAAAAAUAUUAAACAUCAUGUAACGAUUAACAAGCCAAAGGAAAUAAUGAAUGUUGUCAUGAUUGGAGUUGACUCUAUGUCCAGGUUAAAUUUUAUGCGACAGAUGCCAUUGUCGAGAACAUACCUUCUUGAGGAUUUAGAAGCUAUAGAAAUGUUGGGAUACACUCAAGUUGAUGAUGGUACUUUUCCCAAUAUUGUAUCAUUGACAACGGGCAAAUCUCUUGCCGAACUUCCUUGGAAUAGAACGAUGUCAAGAAAACCGUUUGAUGGCUAUAAUUUUAUAUGGAAGAAUUUUUCGAAUUGUGGGUAUAGAACUCUGUAUGCAGAAGAUGCUCCUGAUAUGAAUGCAUUUACACUUGCAAAGGAGGGUUUCCACUUUCCCCCGGCAGACUAUUACAACAGGGCGUUUACUGUUGCUAUGGAGAAAGAUGGGUCGGUCUGGAACCAUAAUCAUCAUUGUGUUGGUGACAGGUUGGAGACGGACAUAGUGUUGAAAUAUGCGGAAGAUUUCUCGUUACUUUACCGAGACAAGCCUCACUUUGGAUUUUCAUUCCUAACGAGGCUCAGUCACGACGAUGCUAACGGCGCAGGCGCAGCCGAUGAUCCUCACUUCCGCUAUCUUCAGCGAAUACACAAGUCCGGCCUUCUUGAAAAAACGAUUUUGAUUUAUUUUAGUGACCAUGGCAGCCGCUUCGGGCUUAUACGGAACACAUUUGUUGGAAGAUUUGAAGAGCGCUUGCCUUUUAUGUUUUUUGUACUUCCUCAGUGGUUUAAGAAAAAGUAUCCAAACUUAAUUGAAAAUAUGAACACAAAUUCUCACAGACUGACGACUCCGUUUGACGUGUAUGAAACUCUGAAGGACAUGUUGUAUUUCGAUGGGAACGUUAAACAAUCUAGUGUGACGGAUCGUGGUAUUAGCCUGUUCAGUGAAGUACCACGUGACAGGUCAUGUGACGCUGCUGGCAUCUUGCCUCAUUGGUGCACGUGUUUAGAAAGGGAAUAUGUCCCUGUAACAUCAGUUAAUAUAACCAACGCAGCUAAAAGUAUCCUAAAUCAUAUCAAUAAAGAACUCUCCUAUUAUGGUCAUCUUUGUGAAGUUUUAAAAGUUCAAGAAAUCAAAGAAGCAGUUUUGAUGAUCCCAAACAAAGAGGUCCUUAACUUUUGGGGAAAAGAGACAUAUAAGUCAGUGUUGACAUUUCAGUUGACGUUCGUGACAUCCCCAGGGGGAGGGAUGUUUGAGGGGACCGUCACUCUGGACGAAACAACUGGAAGAUAUUCCACAGCAGGUGACAUUAGCCGAAUCAACAGAUAUGGAGACCAGUCAAUAUGUAUCGAUGAUUUUCAUUUAAAAAAAUAUUGUUAUUGUAAGACUGCAAGACAAUAA